AUGUGUGUGUUUAUCUGGGCUUUGAUUUUGUCAAUCCAGACUGUUGCUGGUCUUCUUGAAUUGAACAUUCAGGAAACAAUAAUUCCGUAUGAAUUGUCAGGUCCGUUUGAUUUUGUGAUAGGAGAAUAUGAAGAUUUUGAAUCCAAGGCGAUGGACAUAGAGGCUCAAUACUGUAGUAGUUCUUGCUCAGAACGAUUUAAAAAUUUGAAUGCAAAUGAACCUAAUUCCCGAUGUGCACCGUGUUUUUGUGACUCUGAUUGUUAUAAGUAUAAUGAUUGUUGUCCAGAUAAGAUUUUAUUUGAGAAACCAGAAACUGAAAUACAACCAGAUACUAAAUACGGCUGCCACGGAACCAUCAUUCGAAAUAGAUAUUAUCAGGAAUUCUAUCAAAUGAUUGACAAAUGUCCAGAAUCUUUCACCAAUCAGGAAAUCAAAGAGAAUUGUCAUAAAUCCGAUUCUAUCCACUGGAAAUACGUGAAACCAUAUUUUGAUUUUAAAACCAAAGAAACCUACCGAAAUAAAUAUUGUGCUCUGUGUAAUAAUGUGAUGAAUUCUAAAUCUUAUGAAACACAAAUAACUUGUCAAACUUUCGAUGAUUAUGGAAACUCGACAAAUUCUACUGAAGUUUAUUAUCACGUGAUCAGUAAUUAUAAAUGUCAGGUGAGAUUUAACCCCCCAACAACACAAUCCAUAGACAGGAGACAAUGUGACACUGUUUAUCAACCAUUUUAUUCUAAAUGUAACAAGACCGGCUUGUGGAAAUUUUACGAUGAACGGGUUGAAAGAGCAUGCGAACUUUACACCAACAUCGUUAACGGAGAAUACAGAAAUGUUUUUUGUCGGCUUUGUAAUGAAGUGAUCUUUUGGCUAAGCUUUAACAAUGAGGCAAACAGCGAAGUUGUUAUCGCGGCACACGGUAUGACUAGUUUGUUAAAUUUAGGCGAUCAAAAUGAUUAUCAGAUGGUUAAGGCAACCCGGCUCUUAGCCACACCAUCAAAACCCACAAUAGCUUGUUCAGAUGAUGAAAUCCUAAAUCCAUUAUCGUGUGGUUGUGAAAAGCUAUUUUGCACAGGGAGUAAAACUUUAAAGAAUGGUCGAUGCCAAUCUGUGUUUUUAGAAUCCAAUAGUUUUGGUUAUGAUAUGUGUGUCAGAGUUGCAGGAACAAUCAAUACUACAGCACCAGAACCGUUCUUAGCGUUUGGUUUUGUCUUACCUAAUUAUGACUCGCCUUACUAUUUGGUAGAUCGUUAUGCUACUCCAGUAAAAGUCGAGGACUGUGGUAACGGAUUCAUACAAAUUGCAGCAGAGGUCAAAACUCAAAUAAUAUUUAUGGAUCUUGUACCUACAGAUGUCACUGAACUUGACCUUGUUAACAAAAUGAAGCAAGUCGGCGAGGAAGUCAAUUCAUAUUAUGAUGGAGAUAUGACAUCCACAUUAGAGCGAGCUUGUCCACCUCCGCUUAACCUCGUACUUCCGGAAUAUGUCGUACCAAAUUCACUAUGUAUUGGAAAGCCGUCAAACUUUUUUGAAUCUUUCGCUCCCAUAAUACCAGAAGUGAAGAAGGCAUUGAAAUUCAUAGAGUUUAUCCCGUUAAGUAAAUUGUUAACAUGUACCCUGAUUCUCGUCAAUUCAUCUCAAGUGACUCAUGAACCCAGGAUACUGACUCUGUUACAUAAUAAUGUGACUCUCAGUUCGGGAGAGUUUGAAAUCCAGGAUGAUCAGUUUGUAGUUUGUACUGAAGAUUUCCUGUUUGGAACCAGUAUUGAUGAAUGUUCUCCGACUGAUGUACACCAAAAUACAACCAAUGGAACGAGAGACGGGAAUAUUUCAGCAACACCUUUAGGUAUCCUGUCUGUUGUUUGUACCUGUAUUUCUUUAUUAUUUUUAAUCAUAACAUUUGUGUUUUAUUGUAUAGUCAAAGAUCUGAGAAAUGUUGUUGGGGUUAACGUAAUGGGGUUAAUUAUAAAUCUAUUUAUAGCUCAAUUAGUCUAUGAAUUUGGAUUAGAACUUUUUGACUAUCCAGUCCUUUGUAAAGCAAUGGGUAUUUCAAAUCAUUAUUUUUGGCUCUCGGCAACAUUUUGGAUGAACUGUUGUACCAUAGUUUUGUUUAUGAAAUUAUCUUUCCCAUUACAUUCUCGAGCUUUUACAACUAAAUAUAUUUUACUAAGAAGUAGUUUAUAUUCUACCAUUACACCAUUAGUAAUUGUAGUCAUCACCAUUGUAGUCAAUAUGAGUAAUAAUGGUACAAUAGGCUAUGGUAAUAGGGCAAAAUGUUAUAUGAGUUAUGCUAAUGAUAGACGCUAUGCUUUUGCCCUACCCCUGGGUUUACUGAUUAUCACAAAUGUUGGAUUGUUCAGUUAUACUUUCAUUAAAAUCAGAGUGGAUCAGGUUGAAUCAACCAUAAACAAAGAAAAUAAAAUAAAUAUAUUGGCCUGUUUAAAACUCUCGGUAAUUACAGGUGUUGCUUGGAUUUUUGCCUUUAUUUAUGAAGCGACUGGUGCCAUAGUUUUUGCGUAUCUUUUCACAAUAUUAGUGGGAACUCAAGGAGUCGUCAUUUUCCUGGCAUUUGUUGCCAAUAAACGUGUUUGUAUGUCUUGUAAGGAUAAAGUUCACGGUACACCAGACUCUAGUAGUAGUGGUAUAUCCAAAAAGAUGAAAUAUUUAAGCGAAUCUAUCGGUAUAAGUACUAUACCAAGUCCAUCUAAAAGUAAAUCUAGUACUGAUUCAGAUAGGGAAUAUUCUAUGAAAGUCGGAAAAAAUGCACCCAAAGUUGACGAAAAUACUGUCCAGUAG